AUGAUCCUCACAAAUUGCGCCGCCUGCGCGGCCCCGCUCGAACGCCUGGCCAAACAAUGCUCUAGGUGUAAAACCAGGUACUGCAAGGCAGAGUGCCAGCGGGAGCACUGGAACGUGGGCGGGCACAAAGACUUAUGCAAGAAGAUAAAAAAAGGCGGCGGCGCGGAACAAUACCACGCCGACAAAAAAUACAAGGAGGCCGUCGCGGAGGCGGUCGAGGCGUGCGCGGACGACACGAAAGGGCAGAAAUGCUACAUCUGUCUCGAUCGAUAAGGCUGCGUUCGACGCUGUCGUAGCCGACGGCGGUGCCGAUAGGUGGACGCCGACGGACGAAGCUCGCGACGCGGCGGCGGCGCUUUCGCGGAGCGUCGGCCACGUGCUACGGGACGGCGGUCGUUUUCUCCAAAUCACCUUCGCGCAGCCCCAUUUCCGACGGCCACUGCUGCUCGACCCGCACCUCGCGCGCAUGUUCGACGCCGCCAUCGGGCGGCGCCAGUCGGCGCGCCUCCGGCGCCAGGACUCGCAGCGGCGCGCCGAGGCCGUGCCCGCGUCCGACGCGGCGCCCGAGACCGAGUGGUCCAGCGGCGCGCCGUCGCAGCGCGACUUCGCGAGCCCGCCGGCGCCGGCGCCGGCGCCGUCACCCAAGCCGCCGCCGCGCCGCCGCCGCGCGCCGCCGCCGUCGUCACCACCUGACUCGCCGGAGGCCGCCGCCUGGCCGGAGGAAAGCGCGUCGCCGGACGCCGCGGCCAUGCCGCCGCCGCCUCCAUUACCACCGGCGCCGCGCGGCGCGCGGGGCAGCCCCUGGCUCAAGCGCGCCGCGGCCGACGACGAGACGCCGGCGAAGCCGCCGUCGCAGGCCGCGCCCGUGACGACGGAGCCGCCUUCCCCAAAACGCGCGCGCACCGGCCCCGACCUUUCGGCCUCGCGCCACUUCCUCGCUCUCGGAGCGGGCGCUUCCCAAGACCUCGGCGCCGUCGUCGCCGAGACCUGUGACGCGUGGCUCCGCGAUCCUGGAUCGCGCCGCGACGUCGAGGCCUACUGGGCGACGUUAAGAGACGCGUCGGCCCACGGCCACGCCGCGGGCAACGCCGCGGCGCGCGACGUCCACGGCAAGGCCGGCUUCGUCCUCGCGCUCUGCGACGCUUUCCGGCGCGUCGACGAAAGUCGGGAGUGA